AUGGAGGGGGAAGAAGACAGCUCACGUGCUAUUCCUGGGGCUUCGCUUGGAGGCCUCCCGACACCGGCCUCCAGGGCCAGUUUUCGCUUGGGGAGCGUCUUCAAUGGGCAGGAAAUUGGGUGGGACGAUGCAAUCGCGACGAGGAGGCGUGAAGAGGUGCGGGAAUGGGAGUCUCAAGGACCUGGCCCAGUGACGGAGGAGCAAGGAACACGAGGAAAGGAGAAGGACCCGGAUUGGAGGCCGGCUCCGGGGGAGGCGGCCGGCACGAGUGGAGGAUCGGGUGAUGAGGGUUGGGGAGGGAGAGGAGGGGGCCAGGCUGGUGGCAGUGGCGCGCGUGGCAGCGGUGCAGCAGCAAAGAGGCCACGCACGAGUGGGCCUGUGGGGUCGGGAGCUGGAGGGGCCGGGCCGGCGUCGAAUUCGCAGCCGCAGGGGGCAGCCGCGGGUGGUUCUGAGGGGUCGGGCGCAGCAGGGGCAGGUACCUCCGCCGCUGCGGCAGGUGGUGCACCUUUGGGUGGUUCUGCGGGGGCUGAAGCAAGCCAGAGAUCCGACAGGGCGGGCAGGACCCCUACCGACGAGGAGCUGGACCCAUGGACUGAGGAGGUGCUUAGGAAUGCAGAACCCGGGCUGGUUCGUGGCAUGUUCAGUGAGAAGGAUGUGAAAGAGGCUAGGAAUUGCAAGAUUUGCAAGAAGAAGAUUAGCUGGAAAGGUAGUUGCACGAGCACGGGGAAGAGACACCUCAAGAGGAGCCACUACCCCAGUCUGCAGAUCUGGUGUCGGCGUUUCAAGGAUCCAAACAAGCCAGACAACCUGACGUUUCCCGAUGGGGGAUGGGGUCCGGAUGUCCCAGACCAGACAGCGUGGCCUUGGGAGCAUGCAGCCACGUGGCCCAGGAUUGUACAGACACCAAACAGCGCAGUGACUGGCGGAUCCGAGGCUGGUGGGAGUAGGCAGAUGAGCAUGGCCGCAUUCGUCACGCCGCGUGUUCAUGGCCAGCAGCUGCGCGAGGGAUUGGUGCAGCUAUUUGCGGCAGCUGACCUUCCGUUUCGACUUGUUGAGUGUCGCGAGGCAUACAGGGAGGCUGCUAGGGAGGACAUGCGGCAGCUACUGGUGGGUGAUGGCCUGGCGGGAAGGAUGUCCCUCACCUUUGACAUCUGGACCAGUGAGAACAACGUGGCCUUCAUGGGGGUGACUGCCAACUAUGUCUCCAGCGAUUUCCAGCUGAAACAGGCUGUUAUAGACUUCAGGGAGCUUAAGGGCUCUCAUACGGGGGACUUGAUAGCCGAUGAGCUGGAGGAGGUGUUGUGGGAGUGGGGCUUGGAGAAGAUGUUGUUCGCCGUGAUGUGUGACAACACCGAGAACAACAGCAGGGCGAUGCGUCUGCUGGCUGGUGUACCUGACGCCAGGUCGGGCUCAAGGCCCAGACACCCACCACUGCUCAGUCGCUGGAGGCACUUCAGGUACUAUGGGGCUGUCCCCGUAAGGUACAACGCGCUGAUUGAUUUGCAGGAGAAGGCACAGCUCACUCCUGGCAUCUCCCCUCUGCGCUCAUCGCUGAUCACUGCUGCUCUGAGCAAGCUGGAGCGGCACAUGGGGGGUGUGAGCGAGGAGGCAGCGAUAGCCACUUUCUUGGACCCGCGCCAGAAGCUCGCACCCUUCAAGCACCGAGCCAGGGCAGCAGAGGGGAAUUCGAGAGGGGCAACACUGGAGCUAGGACCUGAUAGGGUGAAGGCCCUGGUACGGGCGCGCCUUCCAGAGUACCAGGCAGCCAGCACCACGGCGCUGGGAGAUGGUGGGGAGGUGACUAGUGCGAGGGGUGCAGGGGUGCAUGCAUCGGCAGGGGGUGGAGCUGUGGAUGCAUCGGCAAAUCCUGACCCGGCACCCGAUACCCGGGUCGGGCCAGGAUUCCUAGAAGUGCCGACCCGACCCGACCCGACCCGGAACCCGGCUGGCCCGCCCAAGUCGGGUCGGGUCGGGGCCAGUUUUCGCUUGGGGAGCGUCUUCAAUGGGCAGGAAAUUGGGUGGGACGAUGCAAUCGCGACGAGGAGGCGUGAAGAGGUGCGGGAAUGGGAGUCUCAAGGACCUGGCCCAGUGACGGAGGAGCAAGGAACACGAGGAAAGGAGAAGGACCCGGAUUGGAGGCCGGCUCCGGGGGAGGCGGCCGGCACGAGUGGAGGAUCGGGUGAUGAGGGUUGGGGAGGGAGAGGAGGGGGCCAGGCUGGUGGCAGUGGCGCGCGUGGCAGCGGUGCAGCAGCAAAGAGGCCACGCACGAGUGGGCCUGUGGGGUCGGGAGCUGGAGGGGCCGGGCCGGCGUCGAAUUCGCAGCCGCAGGGGGCAGCCGCGGGUGGUUCUGAGGGGUCGGGCGCAGCAGGGGCAGGUACCUCCGCCGCUGCGGCAGGUGGUGCACCUUUGGGUGGGUCUGCGGGGGCUGGAGCAAGCCAGAGGUCCGACAGGGCGGGCAGGACUCCUACCGACGAGGAGCUGGACCCAUGA